UCGCAAGCGCGCGAAGCUGCCCCCUUCCCCCUGUGAAGAGAGAGUGAUAGCGGUCGUGCGCGAGGCAGUAACGGACGCGCGCCGGCGAGUGAGAAGAAGCGCCGGGGUCGCACCUGGUGGGGACGCCUCGCGCUUUGCCUCAGCGGCUGAGGCGACGGAGUUUUAAAAAAUAUAUAUAUUAAAGUAAAUGUCCUCGUCGUCAUAACUACAGCGGAACGAAGCUUUCAGUGGUUGCCGUCACAAAGCCGCCGUGAGGGGAUGAGGCGCAGCCCGUGAUCUCUGACGGGGCGCGGGGCUCCUUCCCGCCGCCAUGGGGCUGCGGGGGCACCGGAGGCAGCCGAAGCCGCGCCUGCCGCCGCCGCCGCGGGUCUCUCGCUCUCCCCAGCGGAGCGUCCCGGAGCUCCGGGGAGCCCGACCCGGAGAGUGAAGGGAGCGCCGACACCGCGCGCCAUGGAAGAGCGGCUACUGAGCCGCUGGCUGCUGCUGCCGCCGCUCCUGGCGCUGCUCUUCCUCUUCGUCCUCUACCAGUACGCCUCUCCCGGCGGAGGCUGCCUUAGCGCGCCCGCCGCCGCUGCGCCCGAUCCUCCGGCCGUUUCGCCCUGCGGCGCCGGCGGGCACCCGGCCCGGCGGAGGCAGCGCUUCCCCGGGGACCCCGCGGGGCUCCCUUCCCGCCCGCCGGGCUCCCCCGGGCGCAGGUCCGCCUUCGGCCUGUCGGAGCUGUGCCGCCGCGCGCGCUUCGACAUGCGCGGCCGCGACGUGAUGGUGUUCCUGCAUAUCCAGAAGACCGGCGGCACCACCUUCGGGAGGCACCUGGUGCGCAACAUCCGCCUCGAGCAGCCCUGCUACUGCCGCGCGGGCCAGAAGAAGUGCACUUGCCACCGGCCGGGGGCCACCGGCGCUGCUGCCGCGCCGCCGGCAGGCGACAAGGGGGACAAGGGCGACACGUGGCUCUUCUCGCGCUUCUCCACCGGCUGGAGUUGCGGGCUGCACGCCGACUGGACCGAGCUCACCAGCUGCGUGCCCGCCGCCAUGGAGCGCAGGGGGGGCUGCCCCGCCAACCGCACCCGCAGGAACUUCUAUUACAUCACAAUGCUGAGAGACCCUGUGUCACGCUACUUGAGUGAAUGGAAACAUGUUCAAAGGGGUGCAACAUGGAAGACUUCCCUCCACAUGUGUGACGGGAGGAGCCCGACCCCAGAGGAACUGCCGAUGUGUUACCUAGGGGAUGACUGGUCUGGGGUCAGCUUGCAGGAAUUCAUGAAUUGUGGCCAUAAUUUGGCUAACAGUCGGCAGGUGCGCAUGCUGGCAGACCUCAGCCUGGUUGGAUGUUACAAUUUGACCUUUAUGAAUGAAAGUGAAAGGAACACGAUCCUUCUCCAAAGCGCCAAGAACAACUUGAAAAACAUGGCCUUCUUUGGGCUCACAGAAUUUCAGAGGAAAACUCAAUAUCUCUUUGAGAGGACAUUUAACCUGGAGUUCAUCUCUCCGUUCACUCAGUACAAUAUCACUCGAGCCUCUAAUGUGGAUAUCAGUGAGUCAGUGCGGAAGCGCAUCGAAGAGCUGAACUUCCUGGAUAUGCAGCUGUAUGAAUACGCUAAAGACCUAUUUCUGCAGCGCUUUCAGUAUGCCAAGCAAGAAGAGCAUGAACUAAAUCGCCAAAAACGACGGGAGGAGCGAAAAAUGUUGCGUGAACAGAAGGUCCAUGAAUGGCAAAAAGAGGAGGAAGCAGAAACACUAGCGGUUACUGAGGAUUACAACAGUCAGGUGGAACGGUGGUGAAUUUCCCUUGUGUGUGUAUACACACACACACUCACACUAAGAGACACUGAUAUUUCAUUGAACUUAAUUAUUCAACUGUGAAUAGAUAUGUGGAACUCCUAUUGUUCUGAUAAAUGAGAAAGAGUCUCUCAGCCAUCCUUCUGCAUUUUAUGUUUUGGCUUUUUAGAUUUUGUCAUUUGAGAAAAACAGUAUGUUGUGCUUUUCAGUCCGCCUUAAUCAGUGUUAUUUGAUUGGCUGUUGAAUAGCUUACUAUUUAUUGUUUAUUUAUUAUAUUUACUGUUUAUCCUGACUUUCCUGACACAUAUCUUUCCAAGGAGGCUUACAGUGAACAUCAAAAUACAUAAAUAACAUCAGAAUAAACAGUAUCAAAAAUAUAACAAGUUAAUCAGGCUCCUUGUCACAGGGUGGUUGGUGGUCGAUGGCCCUGUGGAAGGAGAAGAGACACUCCAGCUGGAACGGGAACAGGUUCCCAGUGUUAUCUUUACCUGCCUGCCUCCCUCUCCUGGAAGAAUCCUUUCCACAUAGCAACCAGUGUCUUCCAGUGCAUUGCCCCUACCUUGAUCUUAAGGUUUUUCCUUAUGACAUUAUUUACAACGGAAGCUUGGAAGGAGGGUGGAAAUGAAAGCUCAUGCCGCAGUAUCAGUUUCACUUAUAUACAAUGAUUUGCCAUGGUUGGUCUUCUAGUCCCUUGUAAAUUGUACUGUGUAUGUUCGUGGUGACUGUAACAGAGAAAAACCUGCUGCCCUUCAACUAUUUACAGGCAAUCUUUUAUUUCAGGGAAGAAGUCAGAUGUCUAAUUUCAUGAUUUGUUCUAAACCUUGGAUUGUGUUAUCAAAGAAAUGACACUGAGAGGGGCUUGAAGGCAGCCUAAAUCCAAUUUAUGCUUUUUAAGUAGCCAAAGCACACAGGCUGACACAGUAACUAGCAUACUUUUAAAGAAGCAGUAUUGGCUACUUCAGGAUUUUGAGAGCACAAAAGUCAGGGCAACAGACUUGGUUGUCUUGAUAGUAUUUUUCCUGAACAGGGCUGGGGGGGAGGGGCUGUAAAGGAUCCAGUCAGAUUAUAAUACAGUGGUGCCUCGCAAGACGAAAUUAAUCCGUUCUGCGAGUUUCUUCGUCUUGCGGAUUUUUCGUCUGGCGAAGCACGGCUAUUAACGGCUUAGCGGCUGUUAGCGGCUUUAAGAAAAAGGAAACAAACUCACAAGAACUCGCAAGACGUUUUUGUCUUGCGAAGCAAGCCCAUAGGGAAAUUCGUCUUGCGGAACGACUCAAAAAACGGAAAACUCUUUUGUCUUGCGCGUUUUUCGUCUUGCGAGGCAUUCGUCUUGCGAGGUACCACUGUAUAGUAAAGUACUGACCUGAAUAUAUUCCUCAAAUUUGUGUAUUAUGGCUUUUCACGUAUAUAACUUUAUAUAGUGUGACCCCUGGCUUCCUCCCAUGCCACUUAUUGAAAGCAUGCAAGUCUCAUGUGUGGGAGAAUCACAAGAGAUUAUCAUGUUUGUGCACAGAUUCAUGUCUCCCCAGUAUCCCCGAUUUUGGAACUUUCAUAAUCUUUAGGGACGUCUUUAGCGCACAGAGCAAAAUUUGAAACAAAAAGCUACACGUCUAAAGAUUUUUUUUGCAUUCUAACAAGACUUUCAUAUGCUGGGCUGGAAUAAGGAAUUGUGAGUGGGUUAGGGGGUUUCUCCAGGUGCCUUAAUUGAGGGCCCCCCAAAAUACUUAUUUAUGUUAUACAUAUAAUUUUACAAAAAUAGCACUUAUUUAUUUAAAUAAUGUGAGAUGAAAUUAUUGGCUUCUGCUUUAAAAUAUGAGACUGGGUUAAAUGGUAAAGGAAUUUCAUCAGAAAUCAAAAGCUUAAAGAGCCAGACACUACCAAAUCUCCCGGUUCCAGAGUCAGCAACAAAUUUAGACCUGUUGAAAUUAAUUGUGAAUAUUCUGUUACAAUGUCUUAUCCAAAGUUAGGAACAUACUUGCUGUUUAUCGUUUUGUUACAACCGUUUGUCAAUUAUUUAUGUUAUAAAACAUGUGGUUGGCUUACA